UAAAAAAAUUCAAAGUAAACUUUUAUAAUUUUUAACUGUAAACAAAUUAAAAAAAUUACUGCAAACAUUUCCAAAGAACAUUUUACCCCAAGAUAAAAAUAAAAUAUAAAAUGAUUUAGCGCCAGCUCAAGGCAUAUUUAGCAAAGAUUUAUUCAGCACCAACCCACCCCUCGGUCCCUUUGCAAAUUGGAUCCUAAAAGAAAAGGCAUCAAAAUUUUACCCUCAUUCGCACAACUCAAAAUGCUGAACAUGGAAUCGCCUCAGAUGUACGCGGAUGCGGUGCAAACGUUGGCGCAGCUCGACCUGAAGAAACAGCCGCAGCCGCUGCCGCUGCCGCAGCAGGCGACAAUCGGGCAAAUCACGCUGACGGCGAUGUCCAGUGCACAGCAGCAGCAGCAGCAACAACAGCAGCAACAGCAGCAGCAGCAACAGCAGCAGCAACAGGUGACAACGGAUGCCAACAACAAUGCCACAAUUCAGGACGCGGCCUUGCUGGUCAAGCAGCACGCCAUGCAGCAGAUGCAACUGAACAAUAACAAUAACAACAACAACAACAGCAACAACAGCAACAGCUUGCUGCAGAAGCAAAUGCUGCAACAGUACGGCACUCAGACGGAUCUGGACGAGCUGACCACUCAGGAGAUAACACUGGACUUGCAGCACCUUAUCGAUGACCAAUUCCGGGACACGGAGACCCUGGGCAUCUUCAGCGACAUGGUGACCAGUCCGGGCGGGCUGUCCGCCACGCUGCCGCCGAGUGGCAUGGUCAGUGCGGCCGCCAAAGUGCUGCAGCAGCAGCAGCAGACGCUGGCCAAUGCGCGACAGCAGCAGCACUCGUACGGCAGGGCAGCGCUGGCAUACAUGCCACAGGCGGUGCACUCGAACGCCACUUACAACAAUCACUCGAGCGACGAGAACAGCUCCGUGGGCAGCGACUCGAGCAGCACGAUCAAGGAGGAGCCCAUUGAUCCGGAGUACCGCAGGCAUCUGCAGGAGUCGGUCAGCAGCCAGGCGGCAGCGGCGUUCAUCAACAACAGCAAUGGACUCUACAAUGCGUACCAGGGCAACUCGCUAGGCGGCAGCAACAACAACAACAGCAGCAGCAACAACAGCAGCAACAGCAGCAACAACAACAGCUCGGCGAACAGCAGCGCGGCGCAGUUCACCAAUCUGACGACAGCGAAUGUCCUGGCACAUCACAGCCUGCCGCACCUGGCGGCCAACGCACAGCAACUGCUCAAGCAUCACACCAAGCUGCAACAGUCGCAGCAGCACCACGUCCAGCAGCAGCAGCACGCACAGCAGCAGCAGCACCGCAAGCACAGCAAUAAGCACGUCGACAAGGGCACCGAGGAGUAUCGGAGGCGCCGCGAACGCAACAACAUUGCCGUGCGCAAGAGCCGCGAGAAGGCCAAGGUGCGCUCCAAGGAGGUGGAGGAGCGGGUCAAGUCGCUGCUGAAGGAGAAGGACGCGCUGCUGCGCCAGCUGAGUGAGAUGACCAAUGAGCUUUCGCUGCACAAACAAAUCUACAUGCAGCUCAUGAAUCACACGAACCCCGAAGUGAGUCGCGUCUGCCGCAGCUUUCUCAACACGAAUGAACAUGCGCUGUAGCUGUGAUGAGUAACCUGAGCGAACGAGCGAGAGAUUUGAAGGGAGAGAUGCAAGAGAGAGAGAGAGAGAAGAGCGCGGAGCGAGUGCGAACAGAGCCUGUACAUUUGUGUGAUUGGGUGUGUAUGUGUGAGCGUGUGCGACUGAUUCAAUUAAAGCUGUGUGGGUAGCAUACAAGCCCAAGGAUGUUAAGCAAGCAACGCCGGCAGCGACCAGCCCCAAGCAGGACUUACCACAGGGCAAGUGCCCAAGCCAGCAAUCGCCUCAAGCUGCUUUGGCUGUUGACUCCUUGACUCGACUCGUAUAUCUAUUACUUUGUUAACUUCUCUCCACGUCUAAUGCAACUGUUGCUACAGCUGUUUCUUCUAUUUCUACUUAUACGCCUACUUCUAUCCUCCUAUAUUUUCUACGCUGCCUUUGGCAUUCCUUCUAUUGUACAUUAUUUUGGCUGGGAGUUUCUUAUACUACUUUCUGUGCGAUUGUUACCAAUGCUUCUUCUUCUAUUUUGUACUUAAUUUUAAUAAAUUGUAAAAUACUUUUGC